UUUCCUCUUCAAAAUCUCCAAACAAAAUGAAGAUAUUCUUCACCAUCUACACGCUUCUAGCCCUACUUCUAGCCGCCGGAAAAUGGGUUUCCGGCCAAAACUGCGGCUGCGCGGCGAACCUCUGCUGCAGCCAGUUCGGCUACUGCGGCACCGGCGACGCCUACUGCGGCAACGGCUGCCGGGCCGGGCCGUGCCGCGCUCCAUCAGGUGGCAACGGUGUUAAGGUUGCUGACGUUGUGACGGAUGCCUUCUUUAGCCGGAUAGCUAAUCAGGCUCUCGGUUGCCCCGGUCGGGGCUUCUAUACCCGAUCCGCUUUUUUACAAGCGGUCGGGUCGUACCCGAGGUUCGGGACCGCCGGAUCUGCCGACGAUUCGAAACGGGAGAUUGCGGCGUUCUUUGCACAUGUCACACAUGAAACUGGACAUAUGUGUUCUAGAGUGGAGAAUGGAGGCCAAUCUAGAGACUAUUGCGACGAAAACAACCGGCAGUGGCCGUGCGCAGCCGGCAAGGGCUACUACGGCCGAGGCCCGUUGCAAAUAUCGUGGAACUACAACUACGGCCCGGCCGGCCAGGCCAUAGGCUUUGAUGGAUUGAAUAAUCCCGAAAUCGUGGCUAGAGAUGCCGUGAUCUCAUUCAAGACUGCGUUGUGGUUUUGGAUGAAUAACGUGCACUCGGCUAUUACAUCGGGGCGGGGUUUUGGGGCGACGAUUAGGGCUAUUAACGGCAACCUUGAGUGCGACGGCAAGAAUCCGGCCACUGUGACGGCUCGUGUUAAUUACUACACGAGCUAUUGUAGCCAACUCGGAGUUAAUCCCGGGCCUAAUCUUCGUUGUUAGGAAUGGGAAUUUCAAGAACUGAUCAAAUUAGGGUUUUUGGUGUUUGAAAUAAUUAGGGUUUGUGGAUGAGCUAAUAGAAAUGAAAUAAAUGUGAUUUGAUCACUCGAAGUUACACAUAUUUGUGUGUGUGUGUAUCU